CAUGGACGGGCUGGUGCUGCGCCCCGCCAAGGGCUACCGGGUGGUGCUGCUCGGCGGCGUGGCCGUGGGCAAGACGGCGCUGGCCACGCAGUUCGCGUGCGGCCGCUUCCCCGAGCGCUGCGAGCCGUCGGUGGAGGAGCUGUUCAGCAAGGUGAUCGAGGUGAACCGGGCGCCCGCGCUGCUGGAGAUCGUGGACACCGUGGGCGCCGAGCACCUGGUCACGCUCAAGGACCUGUACAUCCGCAACAGCGACGGCUUCGUGGUGCUCUACAGCGUGUGCGACGAGGCCUCGUUCGAGGCGGUGCGGCCGCUGCGCGAGCGCAUGGGCCGGCUGCGGGGCGCGCGCGCCGUGCCGCUGGUGCUCGUGGGCACCAAGGCCGACCUGGACGCGCAGCGCCAGGUGCUCACGGCGCAGGGCCGCGCGCUCGCCCGCGAGUGGCGCUGCCCGUUCCUGGAGGUCACGGCCAAGAGCAAGAUGAUGGUGGACCGCGUGUUCACGCAGGUGGUGCGCGAGAUGGAGGCCCAGGCCCCGCCGCCGCCGCCCCAGGCGCCCCGAGUCCCCGCCAACGCCCCGGAGACGUGGCCGUCCGAGAGGUUCAUCGGCUAGCGCGGGGCGGCCACUCGGCCACGAGCGGGUCGCGCUGCCCUUCGCGGUUUUCUGAACUCCGUGCCGGAGGAAAAGUCGCCCGAUCGUAAACGAGCGGUUGCUUUUUAACAUAUUCACCCCCCCCCCCAAGCGAUGCUUCAAGCUGUCUUGCCUAAGUUCGGUGGGAUUUGGCCAAAGCAAACUUUACGACCUCUCUUGACUCCUGGACUGUGCUUUAAGAAACCAAAAAUCGCAUUCUUUUCCUGUAUGGAGAAAGGACUGCCCUGUUCUUCCUUUGGAAUGUGUUACUGGAAAAGUUCCCGCCUCCCACCCACUACUCUUUCUGCUUUUUUUUUUUUUUUUUUUUUUUUGUAAAUAGCACCUUCUGAGUUGCAGCUGUUUGAAUUGACUGGGGGGGUUUGAACCAAAGACUUCAGUUUUCGGUAGCGGAAGGUUUCCCCUCUCCUUUACAGCGCUGAACUGAAGACGUAAGAUUUUCCUCAACGUGUAUAACUAAAUAUAGUUAUGACAUAUGCAGCAUUGGUUUGAAAGGGAUUACUAUCUGGGAGACAACUGUGCUCACACAAAGAUAGCUCAGCUCUGCCUUUCUGUAAGUGGUUAUCUAGUCAGGUUCUUCAUCCCUAAAUUGGAAAUAAAAAUCAUACGUUGAUAAUUUUUAA